AAAUGUCUGAAACACAAAAGGUAUAUAAUUAACAAUGAUAUAAAUCAUGGGAAAGCAGCAAAUCCUCACAUUGCAUGUAAAACACAUUGAAUGUUUAGCAUUGUUUCUUGUAUAAAUGACAUAAAUGAUUAAUUUCCUCCUUUCACCCAGCCCGGCCAUCGGCAGGAGGGUCCCCCAUCUGAGCCAGUUAGACAAGAGGGCCACCAUGGUGCUGAACCCUGUCAUUUCCAAGCUCUCCGGUAAACUGGUUGUGCUGGCAAGUGCCUCUCCAAGGAGACUGGAGAUUCUCCGCAAUGCGGGCUUACGCUUUGAGGUGGUACCAUCCUGGUUUAAAGAAACACUUGACAAGGGGCUUUUCAAAGAGCCUUAUGAGUAUGCGGUUGAGACAGCCAAACAGAAAGCCCUGGAGGUAGCCAGGAGGAUGCCCUUUAAACACUUGAAAACUCCAGACAUUGUAAUUGGAGCAGACACUAUUGUGACUGUGGAUGGCAUGAUUCUGGAGAAGCCAGUGGACAAGCAUGAUGCUUACAGGAUGCUGUCAAGCUUGAGCGGUAAAGAGCACAGUGUCUUCACUGGUGUAGCAGUUGUCCUCUGUCAUGAGAAAGAAAACGAAGAAGUGGAUUACCAGUUGUUUGACUUCUACGAAGAAACAAAGGUGAAGUUUGCUGAUCUCUCAGAAGAUAUGCUCUGGGAGUACAUCAAUAGUGGUGAACCCAUGGACAAGGCUGGCGGAUACGGUAUACAGGCUCUCGGUGGCAUGCUGGUGGAGUACGUCCAUGGUGAUUUCCUCAAUGUCGUAGGUUUCCCCCUCAACCACUUCUGCAAACAGCUGGACCUUAUUAACCGCUGUACUUCCUCUUUGGACCAGGAAAGUGCGUCUGUGCGUCUGAACCACAGCGGCAUUCACACCACCUCUGUACUCACUGAGCUUCCACCCCACCUGUCAGCUCAGUCCAGCCACAGUCCCAGCUCUUCAGCCAAACACAACUCCUCACCCAGCCCCAGGCCGAGCAACCCCUCCAGUCAAACACAACACCUCCACGUCAGCCCUUCAUUCAGUCCGGUCCAUAAGGUGAAAAGGAAGGGCACUGAAAGUGGAGUGGGUGAGAGUUCUUGGAUGUUGGUCAACAGCUUGUCUAAACAUACCAAAGACAGAGAGGGAGACUCUGAGAACACAGCGCUACCACUGAUAACCAACAGAGGGCAGGCGAUUGAGCUCAAUGUGACAGAGCAUGAGGACAGUGAACCCAAAAAUGAAGACUUGCAGCGAAUCAUUGAACUUAUGGAUGGAUUCAAAGCCUCGAAGGCGCUGUUUACGGCAUCCAAGCUGUGUGUGUUUGACCUGCUACAGAGGAGACCAGGGCUGGAUACAGCACAGGUGGCCCAGGAGAUCAAAGCCUCUGUGAAGGGAACUGAGUGCCUGCUGGAGGCUUGUGUGUCUCUGGGACUGUUGAAGAGCAAAGAGAGAACAUGCCAAAAGCCUGUGUAUGAGAACGCAGAUCUGGCGGUGCGUUUUUUGUUGUCAGAUGCACCUUUUUCGCUGCAUGGAUACAUCCAGCACUGUAACAACACAGUGUGGCCUCUUUUCACGCACCUUGAGAGUGCUGUGCGGGACGGCACCAACCAACAUGAGAAGGUCUUUGGCAAGAAAUCUAAGGAUGUAUUUCAGGACACAUACUACAACAGUGAGGAAGUGAAACUGAGAUUCAUGAAUGCAAUGCACAGUAUUGCUAAAGUUACAGGAAAAGCUGUGGCAACUGCUUUUGACCUCUCCGGUUUUAAAACAGCCUGUGACCUUGGAGGAUGCACUGGUGCCAUGGCGUAUGAGUUUACUAAAGUCCACCCUGGGUUGUCUGUGACGGUGUUUGACUUGCCUUCUGUUGUUGAGAUGAGUGAACAUUUCCAUCCGCUACACACAGACAACAGGGUAUCAUUUUUAGCAGGAGACUUCUUUAAAGACGAGUUGCCUAAAGCAGACUUGUACAUCCUGGCACGAAUUCUUCAUGACUGGUCUGAUGAGAAGGUGCAUAUUCUUCUGAGGAAAAUCGCGGAUGCAUGCACACCAGGCUCCUGACGCCUCCCAGAGGAGCCGCGGAGGAGGAGAGGAAUUCCACUGGAUUCAAAGACUUCUCCGGGUUUCUUUUGACUCUUCCGUCUGCCUUGCCUUCCCUUGCUCUUCAUGUUGACCUGUUCCUCGUGAUCCCCUGCCAAACCAUCUUCCUGGCCGUCGGGCCUGUGCCAAUAUGCGCACAGGCAUACACAUUACAUGGGUGGAUGGAGGUGUUACAGGCUUUUGUUCAAGGCAAGUUCCAGUAGUAGGUUCCCCUGCAUGUCCAGGCCUUUGAUUCAGUGAAUGAGGAGAAUGAACUUUGCCCAGUUCAUUGGCCGUUUUUCAUCAGGGCCCAUAAGUUUGUUGACAGAGCUGUAGAUACGUUUCCAGGUUCCUCACAAACUGCAGUCUUGAGUAUAUUCUUAUGGAUUCCAUUGGCAUAUUCAUUGCAGCUAGUUUGACAUGAUUUUAAGACUCGUCUUCAAAAGAGUGGGACAUUACAUCCUAGGGAUUUUCACCGAAUGAGAACCUAAUGAAAAAUGAAAAGUGUAUGUUUUCUCAGUACCAUCUGGUUUCAAUCAUGGCAAUAUCCUAAACAUGACCAGUUUCUUGAAUCAGCUACCCUCCGCUUGCCUCCCAGACGUUAGGCACUCAUUAUUCUAGUCAGGCCUCCGCGACUGCUACACAAAUCUAACGUUUUCACCAGUAAAGCCCAAGUAGAAGUCAGCUUUUCUCUCAUUCACUUCAUAAUCACUUUACAAUAGCUGUUUUAACUGUUAUAAUGGACUUCAUAAUGGUCCGACUUUUAUAGUAGCUCAUGCUUUAUAAUGGAGAAAAGUUUUAUUUUAGGUGUUGAUCAACACUGUCAGAAAAAGAUAUUACAGUUUUAGUUACUCACCUCGAUUCAUGCAUAUUUAUAAUCUUACUGUUAGUCUACUCCUCACACUAAAAACUGGGCAUAAUUCAGCUGUUGAGCUCAUUGCUCCACUAUUUUUGAGUCUGUAUUUGGUGAGUUGGCAGAAGAUGCACAGAACAUGACACAGAGUGAGAAUAUCAAGAAUCUACCUGAAGUCUGGACAGUUAUAAUGUAGGCGGUGAAGUGUCUGUGCUGUAUAGUAUUUCAAGUUAUGCUUUUGUUUGCCAGAUGAGCUGACUUCUCUUCCAUGUGAAUGCACGUCUUUGUAUUGACAAGCAGUGGACAGAGGGGAGGAGAGGUGUCCGCUAAAGGCAUUAAACAC